AUGACGUCGGACGCUCCAGUCUCCCCGACCUCGAUCGACCACCACUUCAUUCAAGUGGAGACGCCCAAGCCCGAGCUCACGUCGCCUGCAGCGCCCAAGUUUACCCUUCAGUGGCGCAACUUGAGCCUCAAGGCCGCCACUAUCAACCCUCGAACCAAGCAGAAGGAGGAGAAGGUCAUCCUACAGAACGUCAAUGGUACAGCUCGACCAGGCGAGCUGCUCGUCAUCAUGGGGCCCUCUGGAGCCGGCAAGAGCUCGCUCCUCGACUGCAUCUCCGGCCGCAACUCCGCCGUCGAAGGAGAGAUCGUGCUCAAUGGGCAGCCGUGGAGCGACGCCACCAAGCGACUCGCCUCCUACGUCAUGCAGGACGACCUCUUCUACGAGACCAUCACUGUCAAGGAGCACCUCGUGUUCCAGGCCAAGCUGCGCAUGGGCAGGACGUUCACGGAGCAGCAGUACAUGAAGCGCGUGGACGAAGUCAUGGAGGAGCUGGGACUCAUGAAGUGCCGCGACACGCUGAUCGGUGGCGUCUCGCUGCGUGGUAUCUCCGGCGGUGAGCGGAAGCGACUGUCCUUUGCUACUGAGAUCCUGACGAACCCGUCGAUUCUGUUCGUGGACGAGCCGACGUCGGGUCUGGACAGCUUCAUGGCGGAGACGGUGAUCCGGCAGCUCCAGCAGAUCGCACUCGACGGACGCACGGUCCUCGCGACGAUCCACCAGCCGUCAUCGGAAGUAUUCGCCAUCUUCGACCAGCUUUAUCUGCUGUCGGACGGGUCACCUGUGUACCAGGGCAAAGCGACUGAGUCCGUGGACUAUUUCGCCUCGCUAGGGUACCCGUGCCCGUCGCUGAUGAACCCGACGGACUACUUCAUGCGCCAAUUGGUUGUCAUGGACAAGGCCACGGACGCUGAGGGCGUGGCUCGCGUCGAAAAGCUGAAGAAAGAGUGGGCUCAGCGCCAGACGCUGCCCCAGAUCGAAUACGCAAGUGAGAAUGCCCCCCUCGAGGAGUAUCACGACUCUCGAUUGAACGUCAUCGGGCAAUUUGGUGUGCUCGCACACCGGAACGUGGUCCGAUUCGUUCGUGAUCGUCUUGGAUUCCGAGCUGCCAUCUUCCAGACGCUGUUCAUCGCUCUCAUCGUCGGUCUCAUCUACCUGCAGCUCGAACUGGACCAGAAGGGAAUCCAGAACUUCACGGGCGGCUUCUUCUUCCUGAUCGUCAACCAGACCUUCGGCUCCGCCAAUCCCGUCUUCAUUUCGGUGCCGAUAGAGCUGCCAAUUAUUAUUCGGGAGUACAAGGGCGGACUGUACCACCUCUUCUCGUGGUACCUCUCGAAGAACGUGAGCGAGAUCCCGAUGCAGAUUAUCUUGCCCAUUAUCUUCUUCGUGCCGGCCUACUUCCUCAUUGGUAUUGGCCACGGAUUCGACGUCUUCAUCUACCAGCAGAUUAUCAUGAUCCUGGUUAACAGUUGCGCCGUUGGACUGGGCUACAUGGUCUCCUGCUUGGUGCGCAGAGUUGAUAUCGCCCCCAUCAUCGGCACGGUCAUGAUCCUGCCGUUCUUGCUGUUCGGCGGAUUGCUCAUCAACUCGGACGACUGCCCCAAGUACUUCGUCUGGAUCCAGUACGUGUCUCCCAUCAAGUACGGCUUCGAGGCCAUGAUGAAGAUUUUCUGGGAGCAAGUGCCACACAUUGCGUGCGAUGCUGCGGUCGAAAACUGCACAGCAAAAACGGGAGCUGACGUGCUGAAGAAUUUCAGUUUGGUGUCACGGAGUGCACUCGGCGAUGGGCUCAUUCUUCUGGCGAUCAACUUUGGCUUCCGCGCCAUCGGAUUCAUUGUAUUGUGGUUGAACCUUCGUAGCAAGGCCUAA